AUGUCGCAUCCGUUGUCGGACGAAGAUCCGGGGGUGGUGGACGAGCGGAAGCAGAAGCGGAUGCUGAGCAAUAGGGAGUCGGCGCGGCGGUCGCGGCUGAAGAAGCAGCACCAUCUUGACGAGAUGCGCCAGCAGGUCCGUCAGUCCCAUCCUCGGGUGGCGCAACUGCGCGCGGAGAACAGCGAGAUGUCGACGCGGUACAACAUGGCGUCGCGGCACUACACGCAGCUGACUGAGGAGAACCGCGUGCUGCGCUCGCACGCCAUGGAGCUCAGUCGCCAGCUGCAGCGCCUGCACCACGCAGCCGCCGCGCACGGCCACCCCAUGAACGCGCAACUCGGCCUCGGAUCCAGCCUCGGAUCGAGCCUCGGAUCCAGCCUUGGUGGUGGUCUAGGCUCGUCGCACAUUGACCCCCUCGCGUUUUCCCUCGCGCCGCCCCUGGGUCCCCCGUUUUCGGCGCAUCACAUGGCUGCGCGGUCACCCAUGUCUAUGUACCCCUACGCCUUGCCUCCCUCGCCUGCGCCGGAGGUCUCGAGGUGA